UAGCCACCGUCAGAUCUCACGAAAGAAUCUGAUUCUUGCUCGAACGCGAAGCUAGUAAUCUCCAUAAGAGUCGUUGGGUCAACAUAUAUUUUCUGCGCUAAGCUCAGCUAAGAGAUAUUUUUCAAUUUUCUUUCAAAGGCUCUGUAGAACUUUAAACGAAGAAGAAGAAGAAGAAGAAGAAGAUGACUGAGCAACUCACCGAGGAGCAGAUCGCCGAGUUCAAAGAAGCCUUCAGCCUCUUCGACAAAGACGGCGAUGGUUGUAUCACUACCAAAGAGUUGGGGACAGUGAUGAGAUCUCUGGGACAGAAUCCAACUGAAGCUGAACUUCAAGAUAUGAUCAAUGAAGUGGAUGCUGAUCAAAAUGGGACUAUUGAUUUCCCUGAAUUUUUGAAUUUGAUGGCACGCAAAAUGAAGGACACUGAUUCUGAGGAGGAACUGAAAGAAGCCUUCAAGGUUUUUGACAAAGAUCAAAAUGGUUUUAUUUCUGCUGCAGAGCUUCGACAUGUCAUGACAAAUCUUGGAGAGAAGCUGACAGAUGAAGAAGUGGAGGAGAUGAUCCGAGAAGCAGAUGUUGAUGGUGACGGUCAGGUGAAUUACGAAGAGUUUGUUAGGAUGAUGCUGGCGAAGUGAUUGUAGUUAUUUUGGGGAGGACAUGGUAGGGAUAUAAGAUUUACCCAAUUAUAUGUCAUAGUAGCUGUAUCUCUUGUUCUACUUUUUUUUAAUUUCCCUUCUAGUCUUUGUUGAUUUGGAUUUCUUACCUGUUAUGCUUGGUUGAAUUGGAGCUCAGUUUUAUUUUACUUGCAUUAUAAAGAUUAUAUCGAUAUUUAUCUCGGCUUUCGUUUU